AUGCUUCCUGUAAUUAUUAUUUGUUUGAUCAUUUUAGGAAUUGAAUUCAUUACAGGGAUUAUAGCAAACGGAUUGAUGAUCAUUGUGAAUUGCAGUGAGUGGAUCAGAAGCAGAAAACUGACCUGUUGUGACAUGAUCCUGACUAGCCUGGGCAUCUCCAGAUUUUUCCUACAGUGGACAAUGUUCAUUAACAAUAUCCUCUUUGCAUUAUCUCCAGUGAUGAAUGGACUGUGUAACAUACGGAGAAACCUCUAUAUUUUUUGGAUGUAUCUAAAUAUUCUCAGCCUCUGGUUUGCUACCUGGCUCAGUGUCUUCUACUGUGUGAAGAUCGCCAACUUCAGCCAACCUCUCUUCCUCUGGCUGAAGCGGAGAAUAUCAGGGCUUGUGCCACUACUACUCAUGGGAUCCUGGCUGGUCUCCUUGGUCACCUGUCUCCCUUUUGUCAAUUUCAUAGAGAGAAAUAUAUUUGUUGUUCCUGCUGUACUGUUAAUCACUUCUCUGUGGAGACACACCAAGAGGAUGGGGAAAAACACAAACAUCUCCAGGGACACCAUUACUGAGGCUCAUUGGGAGAUAACAGUAUUCUAUAACAGCGACUAA